ACGCCAUCUUGGAAUGUGCGAAGAAGAGGAAGCGAACAAAAAGCAAGCGAAAAAUCUUUAAGCGUAUUUAUUUAAAUGUAUAAAUUGCAUAAAUCUAUGUAUUCAUUAAGACCGAACACACACAUUUGAUGCUCUACCCAGCGACAUAAAAGAAGCUCCAGCAUAGCUGCCACGUUGCGUUUGCCCAAAAAGGCUAAGCCAAAAAAAUCGAAAUCUCGGACGGCCCGAAGGUAUCACACACACACAUCCACAUACAUUCGCGCAAAACACAUACACAGGCACACACAUCAUAGGCUGAAAGCAAGGAAAAGAGCGACACUCAUUAUUGCUGGAAAGCAACUUGGAACUUAAGACGCCGUACGCCAUUGCCAUUGCCUUAGCAGAUUCCUGUCUAAGCGCUUUUCAGCUCGGCGGUGAUAUAACUAAGCAAUCGCAACAGCUCACAGCGGACUAUGUCUGACUAUUUGCGCCAGCAGAAACCACAAGAGCACACAUAGCCAUGGCUGCGACGAGAAAAUUGCAAGGCGAGAUUGAUCGAUGUUUAAAAAAGGUAGCGGAGGGCGUGGAAACGUUUGAGGAUAUAUGGAAGAAGGUACACAAUGCAACAAAUACCAACCAAAAGCAAAAGCAUCUGCAGGAAAAGUACGAGGCAGACCUUAAAAAGGAAAUUAAGAAACUGCAGCGAUUACGUGAUCAAAUCAAAUCAUGGAUUGCAUCCGCUGAGAUCAAAGAUAAGAGUGCACUGCUAGAGAAUCGAAGGCUCAUUGAAACGCAAAUGGAACGUUUCAAAGUAGUGGAGCGAGAAACAAAAACAAAAGCGUAUUCCAAGGAGGGACUAGGGGCGGCACAAAAAAUGGAUCCUGCGCAGAGAAUAAAAGAUCAUGCGCGAAAUUGGUUAACCAGCUCAAUAAGCACACUGCAGAUACAAAUUGAUCAGUGCGAGAGUGAGAUUGAAUCGCUGCUGGCGGGCAAAAAGAAGCGCCUGGACCGUGACAAGCAGGAGCGCAUGGAUGAUUUGCGCACUAAGCUGGAUCGUCAUAAAUUCCAUAUAACCAAACUUGAAACGCUGCUGCGAUUGCUUGACAACGACGGCGUCGAGGCGGAUCAGGUUAACAAAAUUAAAGAUGAUGUCGAAUAUUAUAUUGAAUCAUCGCAAGAUCCGGACUUUGAGGAGAACGAGUUCAUCUACGAUGAUAUCAUAGGCCUGGAUGAGGUGGAGCUCAGUGGCACGGCCACAACGGAUAGCAACAAUAGCAACGAAACGAGCGGUUCGCCUAGCAGCGUCACCUCCGGCGGCAGUCCAUCCCAAUCACCAGUCACAGUGCAGCAGGCAACAAGCAGUAGCAGCGCCAGUAGUGGCACAAGCGCGGCCAGCGCAAGCCAAUUCCAACAUUUGCAGGCAGCUGCAGUGGCAGCAGCAGCGGCACAGGCGGUGGCGCAACAAUCGAAUGGAAACAAUGUGGGCUAUGCAAGUGAUACCAGCGCUACAUCCUCCACAGCGACAACAUCUACGGAGGCAACAACGGGUGGCGAAAAGCGCACCAAAAGCACCGAAAGCAAUGCAAAAGUAAAACAACAACCUCCGCCGCUUAUCAAGCCAACGCCAGUGCGUGCGACAGCUAAGGCACCCGCUGGUAGUGAUACUCAAGUCAAUAAGAUUGUUAGCUCAACGCCCAGCAAAAAUCAACAGCAGCUGCCAACGGCCGCCUCUGUAUUGGCGACCGCAAGUGGGUCACAGUUAACGAAUAGCAGUAGCAGUAGCAGCAGUAAUAUUGCUGUUGCCAGUGGUCACAAUCCUGCCGUGCAGCCACAUGCCCCAACGCCUAAUGCAGUAACUGCAACAGCUGCGGCGGUCACAUCAACAUCAACAGCAACAGCAACGGGAGCUGCAGCAGUGAGCAACAACAUUCAGGGCCAAUCUGUGAUUCAAGCGACACCAACAAUUGCAUUUGCGGCGGUGGCUAAACACAACACAUCACUACUGGAAAAUGGUACGGUGCUGCAGCAACAGCAGGCAGCAGCGCCCACAGUGGCAUCCAUUGUAAGCGCGAGUCCACAGGCUCAGCAGCAGCAGCAGUCGGCGCAACUAACCAAUCUUCAAACGAAUUCCUCACACAUCCAAAAUGGGCUGCCAGCGUCGCUGAGCAGCGGCAGCAACAGCGGCAGUAAUAGCAGUAACAGCAGCAGCAGUGCCGUUGAAGCGAUUUCAUUAAAAACGAUGGCACAGGAAGCCAUUAAUCGAUCUGUGAUCGAACCUAAUGCUCUUAACCAGCAGCCGCAGCAGCAGCAGCAACAACAGCAGUCGCCUAGCAACAUUGAUACAAGACAGCAGCAGCAACAACAACAGCAGCAGCAGCAGCAACAAGCCGCACAGCAAUCGUUGCUGCAACAGCAUUUCAGCAAUGACACAACUGCCAAUCAACAGCAACUACAAGCAGCAGCAGUCGCAGCAGUUGCAGCGCAACAGCAGCAGCAACAAAACGCUGCUGCAGCAGCAGCAGCUGUUGCAGCCAUUGGCACUAUUGUUGCUGCCACUACCAAUGGACCCACAACGGGUAGUGGACUUAUGAAUCUAGCUAGCGCUGCUGGUCAGCCAAACAGCGGCAACGGCAAUGCUGUUGGCAACAAUGCUAAAACGCUUGUACAGCAGCAGCAGCAACAACAACAGCAAAUGGCAACAACAGAGGCGCAUAUACCGCCGCUGCUGGGCGUAACGCCGCUGGGGCCUACGCCACUGCAAAAGGAGCAUCAAGUGCAAUUCCAAAUGAUGGAGGCCGCAUUUUAUCACCUGCCACAGCCAGUCGACACCGAAAAGCUGCAAACGUAUUUCCAUCGUUCGCCGGUGCAAACACCAGCGCACUUUCCACAGUCACAGCUGCCCAUAUAUGAUACCGUUGAAUUUUAUCAGCGACUCUCUACGGAGACGCUUUUCUUUGUAUUCUACUACAUGGAGGGCUCCAAAGCGCAAUAUUUGGCCGCCAAGGCGCUCAAAAAGCAGAGCUGGCGAUUUCACACCAAAUAUAUGAUGUGGUUUCAACGACACGAGGAGCCCAAAAUUAUCAACGAUGACUACGAACAGGGUACGUACAUCUACUUUGAUUAUGAGAAAUGGAGUCAGCGCAAGAAGGAGGGAUUCACCUUUGAAUACAAGUACUUAGAAGACAAGGAGCUGAAUUGAAUGUUGCAGAGCGCUUUCGGUUGCGUUGCGGAUGUGCCGGCCGGCUGUUAAAUA